UAGACUUUGCUUGAAAUUCAUGUAAAUUCGAUAUACGCUCUGCGUCAGUAUUAACGACGACUUACCAACACUUUUUUUUAAUUCUUGUUCAACCGUACUUAAAAUUUUAUUCUCAAUAGACUAUAACUUACCGUGUCGCGAUUGAUUUUCAGAAUUGUGAUUAGAGUGUUGCACGCGUUUUUUUCCCUACAAUAAAUCUGCGAAUAGUGAUUUUAAAGUGAAUAUAUCCAAAACUCCAAGAAUCUCAAUUCAAGGGAUUCAAUGUCAAUACUGAAGCUUAUCACAAAAAUCUGUAUCCAUAACAAAAAAGACUCCAUGUACAAGGCAUACCGAUUCACAAUAUAAAAGAUUGACAGUAAAAUUGUGCUAUUUUAAGAAAACACAAACACAAUUUGAAUGUGAAUAAACAAGUGUUUCGUGAUCAGAUCAUUCCGAAAUUGGAACAUAACAGAAUUUACGAAUAACAACAACAACAAAAACAUGUGCCGUUGUUGCCAGAGUUGCUUUGAAGAUUGCUAUUGGUAUUGUAUUGAAGAACGAUUUUGCUUUGAUAAGAAUAUCGCAAAUUACAAUGCCGACGAAGAUGAAUAUUUAACAAAACGUAAUAAAGGAUUUAAUGAUUUCCAUUUGGACGCACACGAUCGACCGAUUUGCGAGCAACCCGGACGACAAGAAAAUGGACUGAGUUCAAAAAUCCGUGAAGAUGAUUACCGACAAAUUCAAACGAAUGUGCCCUUUUUGGCGCCCGAAAUUUUGGCAGUGUUCGCCAAUUCACAAAUUUUUCAUGACAAUCAGCCAACCAAAUCAUUGGCUAUUGUACACAAAAGUCCUGGCAUCCAUGAAGAUCCAAAGAAACACACACACACCGAUUCGGACAGUGAGAAGAAGCUAUUGAAACGACUUGAAGGAAUCGAACUGAAAUCGGAAGAAGAUGAAGGUACUAGCGAAAAUGCGGCCAAACAAUCAUCGCAUGAAAAUGAGAAAUCGAAUGAGUUGAUAUUGCGGCCAUCGGUGUCAAUAGUGAAAACAAAUUCAUCGUCCAGUGACAAUAUGGAUGGAAUGGAAUCCAGAGAUGAUCAUGAUACUGAAGAUGAAACGACGAGCAAUAGUGUUGGAACCAAAACGCCAAUAUUGAAUAAACGUUUGCGAACAAUUCAAAGUUUACCGUAUUUUUCCUUUCGACCAGCCAGCGAAACGGACAUUUUCACAAUUGCCGGCAGUUCAAUGAUUAGCAUGACGCCGGAAAUACCGUCCAUAUCAUAUACAACAUUGCCAAAGCAUUACGAAGAUACACCGACCAUUGAAAAAUACAAAGAAUCGGUUAGUUUGUACAGCAUUCAAACGUCAAAUAUGGCACGGGCACAUGAAACGGAUUUCACAAUGCCACGAUAUUAUGGUAAAAGUGAUAUCAUCGCACAGAGUGUUGAAAAUCUUUCAACAACCAAGCCAAUUGGCCGAACUUCACCAAUCAAAAAAGUUGAGAAGAGCAAACGUCUGAAAUUGCUGCGUGCCAAUUUGCCACCACUUUCAAUUCACAUCAACAAAGAAAAGUCAAAGGAACGAAACAUCGAAUAGACACAGACAGAAGAAUGAACGGCACCAAAAUUGCUAUUACGCAACUGUGAUAUUGAAUAAUUAUUCAUUUUCGGAACACUUAAAUAAAAAAUUCUAAUUUUAAAAGAAUGAUUUAAAAUUGUUGUAGAGUGCUAAAGGUGUAAACGAAUUGUGAAGGAGAUAUACAGAACAUUUACUUAAUUAGAUACGAACAUUUUUGUUAAGUUUUUUUUAAAUUACCCACACGUAAAUACACUUAUGCUAAUUUUAGUUUUUUAUCUAGCGCAUUUCAUUACUUCUUUGACAUUCUAGUUUCAAAUGAAAAGAUAUGCAUUAGCAAUUUGAUAUUUUAAAUCGAUUGGCUGAUUGUUGGUUUGUUUGCUGGUAGAUAUUGAACUUGAAAAAAAAAACUAAUUAUCGAACAAAAUGUGAGAAAAAAUGCAGGAGCAAAUACUUCAAGUACCUAUAGAUUUUAUAAAAGGUUGUUAACAUUUUUUUGUUAUUCGAAAGAAAAUGUUUCGAUGAAAAUGAUUUCAUAUGUGAAUGGUUACGAAAAGAAGGCUCCAUCUCGCAUCUCGGCUCCUACUCUAACUUAUGUUCCUUCAGGAGAAUACAAAGAGGUGAUAUGCUAUGAAAAAGCAUAAGGUAGAGAUGCGAAAGUGAGUUUUAAUUUUUGCCAAAAUAUACUUAAGCCUUUGGGUGGUGGUUUGUUUCAUAGCAUGUAAGAUUUUGUAAGAAAAUUUCUAUAUAAGUCAAAACUGUUUCCCAACGUUGGCAUUAAAAUUUAAUUUUUUUGAAAUGAACAA